CUUCGUCGAAGGUGUGUGUAUGGCGUGUCGCUUUGUUGUGAUUUGUAACGCGAAUGUAAGGUUUUUAUGUAAUAAAAUAGAUUAAAAUGGCUACGUCGAAAACAACAAAUACAUAUAAUAGACAGAAUUGGGAAGAUGCUGAAUUUCCAAUACUAUGUCAGACUUGUUUAGGUGAUAAUCCAUAUAUUCGAAUGACAAAGGAAAGAUAUGGAAAGGAAUGUAAAAUUUGUAUGCGACCAUUCACAGUAUUCAGAUGGUGUCCUGGUGCAAGAAUGCGUUUUAAAAAGACCGAAGUAUGUCAGACUUGCAGUCGUUUAAAAAAUGUGUGCCAAACUUGUUUGCUCGACUUAGAAUACGGAUUGCCGAUUCAAGUACGCGAUGCGGCUCUUAAAAUUAAAGAUGAUUUGCCCAGAUCAGAUGUAAACAAAGAAUACUACGUACAAAACAUAGAUAGCGAAAUUGGCAAAAUAGAUCCGACAUCACCGGCAGGUGCUGUUGGUAAAUCAGCAGCAGCCAGUGAUUUAUUAAUGAAACUGGCAAGAACAAGUCCUUAUUACAAAAGAAACAGACCACACAUUUGUUCCUUCUGGGUUAAAGGAGAAUGUAAAAGAGGAGAAGAAUGUCCAUAUCGUCAUGAGAAGCCUACAGAUCCUGAUGAUCCAUUGGCUGAUCAAAAUAUCAAGGAUCGUUACUAUGGAGUAAAUGAUCCUGUCGCGGAUAAAUUAAUGCGUAGAGCCGCAGCCAUGCCCAAAUUAGAUCCACCGGAAGAUAAAUCCAUCACAACUUUAUAUAUUGGCAAUUUAGGAGAUGUCUUGACGGAAAAGCAAUUACGCGAUCAUUUCUAUCAGUAUGGAGAAAUACGUUCAGUAACGAUGGUUCCUCGUCAGCAGUGUGCUUUUAUUCAAUACACUCAGAGAAGUGCUGCCGAAGCUGCAGCAGAAAGGACAUUCAAUAAACUGAUAUUAGGAGGAAGAAGAUUGACUAUUAAAUGGGGACGUUCGCAAGGAAGACAAACCGUAUCUGCGGCCGAAGCAACUAGAGAAAUUUUGGAACCAGUACCAGGUUUACCUGGUGCUUUACCACCACCACCAGAAAACAUAGGAAAUAACUUCUUCAACUUACAAACCACACCUGGCAUGAUACCACCAAUGAUGAUUCCUCCUCCACCGGUUGCUCCUCAAUUUAUGUUUCCACCGCAAAUGGCUGCUGCUGCUGCAACACCAAUUUUCCCACCAGGGACUACUCCGAUACAUUAUCCGAGUCAGGAUCCAUCAAGAAUGGGUGCAUCACAAGGUAUAGGAAAACCUUGGCCUGAAGAAUAAUAACAAUGUUUAACUUUUCAUUGCGUGUAAUUAUA